GAUAUAAACGUAUGUAUUGCAACAGAUUGCAAGCGAUUACAAGUUGCAACUGUAUUUACUAUAUUUAUAAAUCAAAAGAAAAGUAAAGUGCAGAAAUGGGAAAGGGAUUCAACAAUUACAUGUGCAAGAAAUUUUUCCAUCCAGCAUCACGAGAUAAUUUGAAACGAGUAUGGAUGGCAGAACAGCAAGCAGAGGCUUAUAAGAAGAAGCAGGAAGAACUGCGAGUACAAUAUGAGAAAGAACAAGAUCUUCAUAAUAAUAAAGCAUUGCUGAGCAAAGAGAGCAAGGAUAAACUUAGUGUGAACUUCAUGUAUGAACCACCUCCUGGAGCAAAAAAAGAAAGAGAGAAGGAAGACAAUGAGCCUGAAUAUAAAUUUGAGUGGCAACGGAAAUAUAAUGCUCCAAGAGAAAGUUAUUGCAAAGGAGAUAGUGAGAUACGAGAUCAACCUUUUGGUAUACAAGUAAGAAAUGUACGAUGUAUCAAAUGUCACAAAUGGGGACACAUAAAUACAGAUAAGGAAUGUCCAUUAUAUAGUCAAGCAAUGAGUGUUGUAAUGGCAAAUAAUAAUUUGCAAGUAUCAUCUGCUCCAGAUACCAUGAUACUUGUGCAACAGAUGCGAGAAGAUGGUUUGGCUCUAAAAAAAUCUGUGUUAGAUGCACAACAGCAUUUACGAAUUCCAGAAAAUGAACAUCCUAUGAUCUCUGAAGAUGAAGAACAGUCAGAAUUAUCUUUUCUAAAAUGUCUGUCAAAAAAGGAGAAAAAAAAAUUAUUAUUGAAACUACAAUUAUUAGAAAAGAAAAAUCGCACGAAAAGGAAAAGAAAUCUGAAGAAGAAAAAAAUUAGUAAAAAAUCUAACAAUAAUAGCAGUGAUACUAAUACUAAUAAUGAUAGCAAUAGCAGUAGUAGCACAUGCACCAGCAGCGAUUCGGAAGAUUCUUGUUCAAAAAAAGAUAAGGAGAGAAAAAAAUCCGAUUCUAAAGAAAAGUAUACUCAUAAACAUAAAAAAAAACGAAAUAAUGAUGAGCAUAAAUAUAAACGUAAAGAGAGGAAUAGCAAUAUCAAAUAUGAGACAGAUAAGAAUCGUUACGAUAGAGAAAAGAAAAUUAAAAAUGAAGAUAAGAACAGAAACAAUUUGCAAUACAAAAUAAAGAAAAAGCAUGCUCAUUAUUAACAACAAUUUUAAAAAAUUUUAUAAAAUGUAAACGUAUCAUGUAGUUAUGAAAUAAUUAAUAAUAAAAAAGUAUGUUUAUAUAUUA